AUGCCUGUUGAUUCUGAUGUUUAUUUAGGAUUUGGUGAAGAAAUUCAUCCAUCUCAUGCAUAUAGAUUAAAAAGUCAUUUUUUUCCACUUGGAAAAAUUGGUGGAAAACCAUCAUGGUUAAAUCCAAGAAAUUUACCAACCUCAGAAGAGUUAAGUUGUAAGGUAUGCAAAAAACAGAUGGCAUUUUUACUUCAAAUAUAUUGUACCAAUGCUGAUGAUCCAGAACAUGCUUUUCAUAGAAGUUUUUUUAUAUUUUUAUGUAAAAACAAGGAUUGUUGUAAUGAAAAUGAUCCCUCAAAUAUUAGAGUUUUUAGAUGUCAAUUACCACAAGUAAAUGAUUUUUAUCCUACUGAAAGAAUGUUUGAUCCAGAUAUGGAUAGUGAUGUAGAAGAUCCAAUGUUUGAUAGUACUUCAUAUCCUCAUUUAUGUGAAAUUUGUGGUUGUCGUGCUACAAAAAAAUGUUCUAAAUGUGGUAAUAGAUGGUAUUGUUGUAGAGAACAUCAAAUUGUUGAUUGGAAAUCUAAUCAUGCCAAUUAUUGUGGAACAAAUGAUGAAUUAAAUCAAAAUAAACAAGUUAAUGGAUAUGCUAAUAAUAUUGUUAAUAAUAUUCCUAUAAAUGAGUGUGUAUUUAAGGAAUAUGAAAUGGAAAUUGAUAUUGAAUAUUUAAAAGGUUCUGUAUUAGAGGAAAUUGAAGAAAUUGAAAAUGUUGGAAAUGAUGGAGAAGAAGAGGAUGAAGCUCUUCUUUUAAAACAAAUAAAAGAAAUGAAAGUUUUAUCACAAAAAAUAAAAGAUAUUAAUUCAGAUGAGGUGGAUGAUAUUGAGGAAGAUAAUGAAGAUAUAUCUUUUAAAAUUUUUAAUAAGGUUAUUUCAUUAAAUCCAGAUCAAAUAUUAAGAUAUAAAAGAAAAGGAAAUCCUCUUAUUGCAACAGAUUUGUCACCAUUUCCAAAAGAAAUUCCUAAAUGUAAUAAUUGUGGAGCUGAUAGAACAUUUGAAUUUCAAUUAAUGCCAUACUUGUUAGAUCUUAUUGAUGUAACAUACAUUGGAAAAUCUAUAGACUGGGCAUCUGUCUAUAUUUAUAGUUGUUCACAAAGUUGUGAAAUUAAAAAUCAAGGAUAUAUGGAAGAAUUUUUGUGUAAACAAGACUUUGUGCUUAGUGAUGAAGAUAAAAAAUUAUUAUAG